UUGUUAUGGGGUGGACUGCUUAGGUCGACUGCAGCAAAGUCCCUGGAUCGUCUAUUCGAGCUUUUGCUUAUUCUUGGAAAGAAAAAAGGUUGACAUAAUGUCGUACCCACUUGCGCUGCACAUCAUUGGAGGACAAGGUGGAAAUGCGUUCUCGUUUGAUGGGAGGAGCAACGCGGCCACGCUGCAGAAACUCUCCGUGAGCGUUGGAGGCUGGCAAGUGAGGGGCGUGGAGGUGUGGCUGACUGACGGGCGAAGACAGAAAUUCGGCACCGUGGACUCCUCUGCUCAGCAGUUUGAAUUCCAGUCGGGCGAGUUCAUGUCGCAGCUCUCCCUGUGGGGCAAUGGGGCCGGCACGCGUCUGGGUGCCAUCAAGUUCAGAACGAGCCGCAACCGCGAGUUCUUUGCCAAGAUGACGGACUGGGGGCUCAAGACCGAGUACAAGAUCGACGUGGGCUCCGGCGUCUGCUUGGGCGUUCAGGGCCGAGCGGGGGCCGACAUCGACUGCAUGGGCUUCCUGUUCAUCAAUGCCAUAAAGUCGUCGGUGAUCCAGAACAUGAAGUACCCAACUAUGCACCAGGUUCUCCCCAACGUGCAGAUGGAGGAGAUUAAAGAAAUGGAGUACAUAAACGACACGAGCGUCGUGCAGUCUCACAGCUUCCAGAGCUCCAAGACAAUUACCAAAAAGUCAUCGUGGUCUACAACGAACAAGAUUGAGUCUACCUUCAGCCUUAAAGUCUCGGCAGGCAUCCCGGAGGUCGUGGAGGUGGAGGCUGGGUUCAGCUUCACCGUGAGCUCUGAGACCACGCACGCAUUGGAGAACUCGGAGGAGCGGACGGAAACUCUCACGUUCCCCGUCUCUGUUCCUCCGCACAAGACCGUCACCGUUGUCGCCAACAUCGGGCGUGCAAACAUCGACCUCCCGUACACGGCUCUGCUGCGCAUCACCUGCAUGAACGGCGCUCUCUUUGACGUUCCCCUGAGUGGCGUCUACAAGGGGCUCACCUACACCAAGAUGACCGCCCGUGCUACUGAGAAAUAGAACAGCAUUUUUGUGCCCCGUUUGAUCAAAUGUUUUCUCUGAAUAAAAAAAAUCCUCCUGCAAUGCAUUUUUAUUUCCGUGUUUUGGUUGCAUGUAAGGAAUUUACAUGUUUUGCUUUUCCCAUUUCGUUUUAUGGGUUCACAAACUUGGGCAUUUUACCUUUCAUGUGGAUGUCAACAGGACUUAUUUUCCAUUCUACCUGAGCUUCACUUGCGUGAUUCCCCAUUUAUUUAAACAACUGGUUGAUGGCAUAUACUUCCACUAGAUUUCAGCAUUGUCAAACGACCGUGCUAUGGGAUUUAAUUUGAAGAUGGCCAGUACAUCCAGUCAUGGCUGCUUUAUCCUCCACAGCUGUUGACUAUCUAGUUUGGCUUGAACAGGAACGUCACUGUCCAUUUAAGAGCUGCUGCUCGUUUUAUUGCUCCUGGGGGGGUAGGGGGCUGAAUGCGUCAAUUGCAAAAUUAUGUAGGGCAGCGGUUUCCAUAAUCUAGCAACAAUAUUGCGCUGUUUUUAACGAAAGUAACUGCUCGUGCUAAUGAUUGAAUAAGCCUCGAAGGCACGUAUAAUGCAUGGAACUCUCCCUUUCAAAAUUGCCACAGCAUUUAACACCUACACAAGUAACCAGUUGCCUAUCCUGGAAAAACAAUUGUCAGCAUCUCGGCUGGAAUUGCACUUCGUUGGAGCUUAAACGUGAUUCCAUUAAAAAAAAAUGGC